UGACGUCAGUGGCUAUCUGAGCACAGUUGUGUUGCCAGGAACUGGGGAGUAAAGGAGGAAACCUGAGGGAUGAGAGAUUGCCACAAAACAACAGGAAUCAUAUUGGAUAGAUAUUCCACCGCUUAGCUAUGGCUACAAAAACAGAACAGUGAGAUCGGACGUUUGUUUUUUCUGACAUGUUGGUUGACGGAUGUACAGCGAGAUAGCUAUCUGGUCCUGAAUUCGCUCAUCGAAGUUUUGGCUGAAGAAGUUUAACGUUACAGCGGUACGGCUAGCCAUUAACGUUAUCACCUGGCUGUCUUCUACCACUUGACACAGCCCUAAACAACAAAGACAGAAAACAUGGUGUCCUGGAUGAUUUCGAGAAGCGUUGUGCUGCUUUUUGGGACUCUGUAUCCUGCAUACUACUCUUACAAAGCUGUCAAGACAAAAAAUGUCAAGGAAUAUGUGCGAUGGAUGAUGUACUGGAUUGUGUUUGCCCUCUACACUGUGGUGGAGACCAUCACCGACCUGACACUGGCAUGGUUUCCUCUGUACUACGAGCUGAAGAUAGCCUUUGUGAUCUGGCUUCUGUCCCCCUACACCAGAGGAGCAAGUCUUAUUUACAGGAAGUGUCUGCACCCUCUGCUGUCCUCUAGAGAGAGGGAAAUAGAUGAGUAUAUUGUGCAUGCCAAAGAGAGGAGCUACGAGACCAUGGUCAACUUUGGCAAGCAGGGAUUGAGCAUUGCAGCCACCGCCGCUGUCACUGCAGCUGUCAAGGGUCAGGGUGCCAUCACAGAGAAGCUGCGUAGCCUGAGUAUGCACGACCUCACACAGAUAACCCAGCAAGAUGACGGCGCAGGGAACCAGCUCUACGAGUACAGCUCCCGCUCAGCCAACCCUGCCGUCAGGAGAUCUCAGAGCACUGACGCUGGCGACAGAGCAGACUACUACUAUGACCAGGAGGAGAGGACUGAUGAAGAGGCGGAGCCAACCUUCUCUGAAGAUGAGGCAGUAACUCAGAAAGGACUGAGGCGAUCGCAGAGUGUCAAGAUCUCACGAUCCAGAGUCCGUAAAGAUGCGCGUUAUGGAUCCCUGAAGAUUAAAGGCAAGAAGAGACCAGCGCUGAGCUCUGUUAACUAUGCAACAUGAAAAGAAUGCUGCAGAAAAACACACACACACACACACACACACAGCAGAGCAAUCUGCUGAUCGGUGGAUGGGAUUCCAGCUUUUUAGAGCCUGAACUCUUAUGUCUCUUUGAUGAUGAGCUUUCUUCUGGCAUAUUUAUUACUUAAUUCAUCCCGAACCAGUGACUCUUUGAGAACCUACACUCUGAGAACUUUGAUGUUUUUCUUUGGGUUGAUUUUUGCAUGAACUUGUGUGUGUUUCAUCUAUUGUUUGUUAGAAUUGUAGUUUAGGUGUAGGUGUUAUGUGUAGUCUUUUAGAUUUUACAUCUGCUGGCUUCAGUCUCUUAGUUGAAUUUAGCCUCUUUCUAAUAAGGCAUCCUUUUAAAAAAAAAAAGUUCAUAAACUGAAAUGAAUGGCUUAACUAAUAGUUAAAUCAUUCACUAAUGCUUUAUAUCAUGGUUCUAAGCAAUUAAUAAGAACAAGUUUGGGUUACUGGGGUGUGAAUCCUCCAACACUUGCUUUGUCUUUUAGGCUCUUUAAUCUGUCUGGGAGACUCUCCCAAUAUCUGCACCAAAACAGGUUUUAUUGUUUAACAGCUGUUGAGUAUUAGUAAGUGAGACCUUAUUAAAGCGGCAUUCAUUUACAUUUCAGCCACUUGGUGCAGCACAACAAGCUAUGAACACAAAAUGAUCCCUCUUUUAUAAAGUUGUUGUGGCGAACAUGUUGGAAAACACUUAUACAUAUAUACUUAUACACACAGAAUAUUGGUCCAAUAUUCACCCUCCUUUUAGCUCACAUUACAUAUCAUCUGCUAAUGCAAACAAUUAUGCAGCAUUCUUCCUCUUGCAAACAAAUUUAAUUUACAAUCAAUAAAGUACAUCUUUGAUCAGUUCAAUACACUCUGGGGUUUUGCUGCUACAGCAUUACUUCGUCUAACAGUGAUUAAUGUUGGCUAAUGUUAGCAAAAUGCAGGGCUAUGUGUUUGCACCAACUCUGCAUUUCCCCUCAGCUCUACAGAGGGCUUUUUGCGGCGUUUAGCUCAUUGUUUUGGCCCACAACUUUACUGUGUUGGUUCCCUCUCACUGCUCUCGUAGUGCAGGCAUCUGUUUUCAGUGGGACAAGCUUUAAACCCCACUGUACACUACCUUCUCUGCACCAAGCAGCAGACAGUUAGCAACUAGCUGGUGAGGAAAGUGAAUAUUGGACUUUAUCAGCUUUAAAAUACUUACUACAUUGUUUUUAAAUGCAACCAUGAUACAGAGAUAGAGAUUUUUUUUAACAACCUAGCAAUUCCAAAGUUUUUUAGAUUAAUGGCUCAUAAGUGACCUAUUAAACUAUUGUAUUCAGUAUUCAGUACGCUAUUAGUUUCAGCUUAAAAACCCUUUUAUAAAGAGUAUUGUAUUAAAACGUUGCUUCGCUGCCUUUCAGGUAUUUUAUCUGACACUAGUGUUGGAGUCCAUUAACUUCCGGGAGGCUCAGUAUACUAAUGGAGACUAGUUCUUACCCUGAGGGACAUGUUCUGUAGGUUCAAACACAUGCAACAUUCCCUGUCACAGUGGUGACAGUAUGAGAGCUCUGAUUCGCAGCAGGAUACCAGCAACUCUGACAUAAACGUUUGGACUUUAGUAGAGUAGAGUUGAAUGAAUCCGAGGAGAAACACACUUGAACACCAGCAGAUGAACACUAUCCGUUAUUCCUGUCAGAGGAGGGAGACUGAACACCAAUGAAGAGAAGGAAAGGGAAGAGAAAACCAAAGGAAACAAAGUGAUUCUUCCAGGUUUCUCUGUGCAAAUGUCAGCCUUUAUAAAGGCCCAGAACUCCCACUGACUGUUAAUGAUGAUUUCUUAUUUUCCUGCUUUUUACUCAUGUAUUUUUAUAUGGCUGUGUGUCCUGAUCACACCCCUGGUUGUACAUUUCUCGCUGUAUUUCUUAGUAUCAGUGAAGAUUAGCUUUUUAAAUGUUUUUUUUUUGUGUGUGUGUGUGUGUGUGUUACCUUUAGAUCAAAAGGAGUCUUUUGUAUGUUGUUAACCACCUGUUUUUGCACAUAGACCUAAACCCAAACCUUUUUAUCAAUGCUGUUGUUGCUUGUCAUCUCAUUUUACAAUGUACUUUCGCUGUGGGAGGAUGCAGCGCACAAAUGAGCUUAGCCAUUCUUGAUGAUGAAUGCUAAUACUAACGACCUCUCAUGACAUCCUAAAGUUUGGCUUGUUUUUGUGCUCUGGUAGUGCAGUUAGAGCGACGCUGCUGUAGCUGAAGUUCCUUCUACAGUUGCUGUUUAGAUUAGAGAUAGAACAGUCUGUUUCUGUGUCUGUGUUCUUGUGAUUCAGGGGUACGUCUGGCUGAAGCAAAAUUACUUCAACUAUUAAACUGGCCUAGUGGUAUUCCUAGAAACGAUGAAAUACUAGUCCCACAUUGCCAGAGCUAUGUCCACAGCACUGUGGAGUAAGGUCUGGCUACACCACAUACAUUCUAGGAUAGGA